UCAGUUAGAGCAGAAAUGGAGCCAAAGGGAGAUUUGCUGAACUGGGAAACCUUCUCCUGUUCAAUCUGUAUGGAUCUACCAAAGGAUCCGGUGACUAUUCCCUGUGGACACAGCUACUGUAUGAACUGUAUUAAAUCACACUGGGAUGAGGAGGAAAAAAGCAACCGGUGCCCUCAGUGUCAGCAGACCUUCACACAGACGCCUGUCCUGGAGAAAAACACCAUGAUGUCAGAUUUAUUAGAGCAGCUGAAGAAGACUGGACUCCAAGCUGCUUCUGCUGAUCACCGCUAUGCUGGACCUGAAGAUGUGGCCUGUGAUGUCUGCACUGGAAGAAAACAGAAAGCCAUCAAGUUCUGUUUAGGCCACGACACAGUCUCAGCUGCUGCAGCAGAAAGGACUGAGAGGCAGAGAGAGCUGGAGGUGAGACGAGAAGAAAUCCAGCAGAGAAUCCAGGACAGAGAGAAAGAUGUGAAGCUGCUUCAACAGGAGGUGGAGGCCAUCAAUCACUCUGCUGAUAAAACAGUGGAGGACAGUGAGAAGAUCUUCACUGAGCUGAUCCGUCUCAUCCAGAAAAGAAGCUCUGAUGUGAAGCAGCAGAUCAGAUCCCAGCAGGAAACUGAAGUGAGUCGAGUCAAAGAGCUUCAGGAGAAGCUGGAGCAGGAGAUCACUGAGCUGAAGAGGAAAGAUGCUGAGCUGAAGCAGCUCUCAAACACAGAGGAUCACAACCAGUUUCUCCACAACUACCCCUCACUGUCAGCACUCAGUGAGUCUACACACUCAUCCAGCAUCAAUAUCCGUCCUCUGAGAUACUUUGAGGAUGUGACAGCAGCUGUGUCAGAGCUCAGAGAUAAACUACAGGACAUCCUGAGAGACACAUGGACAAACAUCUCACUGACCCUCACUGAGGUGGAGGUUUUACUGUCAGAACCAGAACCAAAGAGCAGAGCUGGAUUCUUAAAAUAUUCAUGUGAAAUCACACUGGAUCCAAACACAGCACACACUUAUCUAUUGUUAUCAGAGGAGAACAGGAAGGUGACAGCUUUGGAUCAACAUCAGUCUUAUUCUCGACACCCAGACAGAUUCACCUCAUGGUGGCAGGUUCUGAGUAGAGAGAGUCUGACUGGACGUUGUUACUGGGAGAUAGAGUGGAGAGGGAGAGGAGUUCAUAUAGCCAUUGCAUGCAAGAAUAUCAGCAGAGCAGGGUAUGAAUGUGGAUUUGGUCGCAAUGACAAAUCCUGGGCAUUAGAUUGUCACCAAAACAGUUUCACAUUUUGGUACAACAACACUGCAACCCCCAUUUCAGUUCCUCAGUCUUCCAGAGUAGGAGUGUACCUGGAUCACAGAGCAGGUCUUCUGUCCUUCUACAGCGUCUCUGAAACCAUGACUCUCCUCCACAGAGUCCAGACCACAUUCACUCAGCCGCUACAUGCUGGAGUUUGGCUUUAUAUCUGUGGAAACUCUGCAGAGUUUUGUAAACUUGAGUAGAUGUAGUUGCUGAAU